AUGCUUUCAGCAUUGGCGGUGUUUGUAGCCGCCUUGCACACGACCGUGGGCGCCGCGUCCAGUCUAACACCGCCCGUCCUCCCUCUCAUCGUACGGAAUCCCUAUCUCAGCACCUGGUUGGGAAAUGCCCGCGAUGUGCCUUGGUCCAAAUGGCCCAUGUUCUAUACCGGAGAGGAACUCGGCCUCUCCGUGAUGGCCCAUAUCCCCAGUACGGAUACGCUCUAUCCGCUGGUGGGCAAGCCUCAGGACUCCCUGUCUCAUGGUGCUGGGUCACCAUCCGUCGAAUUCCCCAGCUAUCUGGGCGCUAAAUACGACGCUUCGACAACCAACCUGACUUACCGGAUCGAUGUGGCGGCCGCAUCCUCUGCCGCUCCACUGGAAAUCACUGUCUCGUUCCUCUCGCCCAUCACUCCCACUUCGACUCUGCGGCAGUCGAUCCCGGCAUCUUAUGUCACCAUUUAUGUCGACGGCGACGUUGCUGUUGAUGUCUACAUGGACGUCAACGGACGCUGGGUGACUGGUGACGCAGGGAGUCGAAUCACCUGGGAGUACGACACGUUGGAUGCUGCGGACAAGAACCGCACCCUCCAGCGCUGGAAGUUGCAGAGGGAAUCCCAAUUGCUGCUUUCGGAGAUCCGUGAUCGCGCAGAAUGGGGUUCUCUUCAUUUCACCGGUCCCGCUGAUGCCAAAUACCAAUCGGGGGAGGCUUCGGCCGUGCGACGUACCUUUGCCGAUCGAGGAGCCCUGCGUAACGAGAAUGAUAAUGCCUUCCGAGCCGCCGGAGACCGAGAGCCAGUGUUUGCGUUUUCCAAGUCCUUUGUCCCAGGCAAGACAACUGGACUCGUUAGUGACAGUAUCACGUUCACCGUGGCUUUGAUCCAGGAUCCUGUGGUACAAUUUGCUUCCUCCCGAGGCUUGACUUUGAUGCGCCCACUUUGGAAAUCCUGGUUCCCAAGUGUCGACUGGCUGCUGCACUUCCACUAUAACGACUUCGACAAGGCAGGCGCCCUCGCUUCUAACUACUCCAACCAACUGGCGAAGGAUGCCUAUAAGUCAGGGGCCUAUGAUUAUGCCGAUAUCGUGGCCCUCAGUGCCCGUCAAGUAAUGGGAGCAACCACCUUCUCUGGAACGCCCGACGACCCGAUCCUCUUCCUCAAGGAGAUCUCCUCAAAUGGAAAUUUCCAAACGAUCGAUGUCAUUUUCCCAUCAUUCCCAUUCUUCCUGUAUACGAACCCUCGGUGGCUGGCUUAUCUACUGGAGCCAUUGAUCGAGCAUAUGCUCAGCGGACAGUACCCGAAUACUUACGCUAUGCACGAUCUAGGAACGCACUUCCCGAACGCGACAGGCCACCCUGAUGGCAAUGACGAAUACAUGCCCGUCGAGGAGUGCGGUAACAUUCUCAUCAUGGGUCUGGCUAUCGCCAACUCGUUGCGUUAUCCUGAAGACUCCGCCGCCUCGUCCAUCUGGUCUACCCAGGGUACCACCCAGAUCGACGACGAGAACCCCGGAUAUUUCCCUCUGGACAACCUUCAAGAGCAUUCAGGCAUCGACCAUCAGGAUGGUAAAUGGGGUGGUGGUAUUCAGGGCCGCCGUCUCGCCGAAAAGUGGAUCCAACGCAGCUAUAAGCUUUGGAAGCAGUGGACUGGCUAUUUGGUGGACUAUUCCUUGGAGCCUGCAAAUCAACUUUCGACCGACGACUUCGCUGGAUGGCUUGCGCUCCAGACCAACCUGGCCCUGAAAGGCAUCAUCGGCAUCAACGCUAUGAGCAAGUUGGCUGAAAUUGCGGGACACGACAGUGAUGCAUCGUACUACAAGAACAUUUCCGACACCUACAUUGCUAAAUGGGAAGAAUUCGGCAUGUCGAGGGACAAGACUCAUGCCAAACUCGCCUACGACUGGUACGGGUCGUGGACAACCAUCUACAACCUCUAUGCCGACGCCCAGUUGUGUUUCCACCUGGACGGCACCGACCUGGCUUCGCCGCCGAGUACGACGACCGACGGUCAGAAACCUCUGCUUCCUUCCCCCCGUCCUGAAAAGCCUGGCUUCGUCCCCCGCCACAUCUACCAACGUCAGUCUAUCUGGUAUCACUACGUCCGCCAGAAGUACGGCCUGCCCCUGGACAGCCGCCAUCUGUACACUAAGACGGACUGGGAAUUCUUUGCCAUGGCAGUCGCUAGCGAGGAUACGCGGAGUGAGAUUCUCGAGUCCGUCGCCCAAUGGGUCAAUGAGACCGUGACCGAUCUGCCAUUCACGGACCUGCACAACACUGAGGGUAAAGGAGAGUUUCCCGGGCCGAACUUUUACGCGCGACCUGUGGUCGGUGGACACUUUGCCUUCCUGGCGCUGGAGCGGGCGUGUGGUGGACGGGCCAUGAAGGGGCUGUCCUUCCUGGACGGCCAUGAUGCGUCCGACUCGUCCGUUUCGGCAGAGACGAUCGCGGAGUGGAAUGCUGCUGCGGAGAAGGCCGCUCGGACGUUCCAUGGUGGCUGGCCCUCGUUUGGAUUUGGGUCUGAGGGCGAGGAGCUGUAG